UACAAAAGUGCAAAAAUAUUAUUUUUGCGAAAAGGGAUGUGAAAGAGAAUCCGGCUUUUGUUGACUCUUCAAAGGAAAUGAAUGAUAUUUCGGCUGAGACCAGCGAACUAGAGGUUUUGAGAAUUUCUCCUUUGGUGGAUGAGUGGGGCUCAUCAAAAGGUGGAUUAUCCACUCUAAACAGAGAGAUGUGCAAAGGGCUGGCUCAACAGCCUAAUGUAUCGGUGACCCUAGUUGUGCUACAAUUCACCGAGGAGGAAAAGAAUGAAGCAUUAAAAGGUAACGUAAACCUUGUUAAGGUCGAAGAGAUACCUGGAUUUCACCGCAUCUCCUUAUUGUCAUUUCCACCUGACGACUGUGAAAUUGACGCUGUGGUAGGUCAUGGAUAUAAGCUGGGGCCGCCAGCGUUUGCUGUGGCAAAACAGCGGCGAUGCAAACGAGUCCAUGUUGUGCACACUGCAAGUGAAGAACUCGCAAUGUUUAAAAUAGGGCAGACAACACGGAUCUCAGAUGGUGAAAAAAAGCACCAAAUUGAGGUUAAACUCAGCAAAGUGGCUGAUGUCAUCGUGGGAAUUGGACCAAAACUUACUGACUCUAUCAAACGAAGCCUCCGAGCGCACCAGAGAGAUGAAGAAGUUAUUAACUUCACACCAGGUAUUUUUACAGAGUUCUCUAAACUAGAGCAAGCCAGAAAAGAUGGAAAAACAUUCUCUAUCUUAUUAUUUGGUCGCGGCAACGAAGACGAUUUUGAAGUCAAAGGAUACGACGUUGCCGCACGGGCCAUAGCAGCCACGGCAGAAGACUGUCCUUAUCACCUUGUGUUCGUUGGCGCGGCAGAAGGAGAGCAAGGAGAAGUGGCGGAGAGAUUGCUUAAAUAUGGCAUAAACCGGUCACAACUGAUAGUGCGCACCUUUUGCGAAAGCCGCGAAGACCUGGCCAAUGAAUUCCUUGCGGCAGAUUUGGCCAUUAUGCCUUCGCGUACAGAAGGCUUCGGCCUUGCAGCUCUCGAAGCCCUUUCAGCUGGCCUCCCCAUCCUCGUGAGCGCUAACAGUGGCUUUGGCCAAGUUCUCAAAGAGCUUACACUUGGAAGCUCUUUCGUGGUAGACUCUGAAGACCCCAGCACAUGGAAAGAAGCCAUCAGGUGGGUCAGAAAAAAAUCAAGGGAUGUGCGACUGCGAGAGGCUAUUGAUCUACGGAAGUAUUAUGAUGAGAAAUACAAAUGGCAAGAGCAGUGCGAAAAAAUUGUGCGAAAACUACGAGAGUUUAAAUGAUGUGCGGCCUAAACUGGAAAGAAUCUCUGCGAGAGGAUCCAUAUCAUUUUAAACAAUUUCGUUGUACAUUACGGAAACAGCAAUUUUGUCGAUAUGAGUAAACUUUGAAGUGAACUUCGAGUAAUUAUUCACUUACCAUUCUAGUGGACAAGAGAAGUGUUUUCUUUCUCCAUUCUACUUUCGACUGAAUCACUUUGGGUUUUAGCGUUGUUUCAUUUUGAUAUAUAUAUACUUCAGUUAAAACUGAUUUUACAGAAUAGAGGACUUUACAGACAACAUUUCUACAAGCAUUUGCCAGUUGUAGGUAAUUGGAGCUAUUUUGGUUCUAGCUCUGUUUUGCAGUGUGUGGCAAACUCUUACAUUGUUACAGCUGUGACUUAAUUGGAAGUUCUUUAAUGGACGUCUUGUGGAAAGGCUUGAUCUAGUAGACAAAACUUACUAAAUAGUUAAGUUCAUACUGACGGAGUUUGCAGAUUCUAUAGAUUUACCUACUUAUGUAUAAUUUAUCUGACAGUAAUUGAUAUUUGGGGUAGUCACUUGGUAGCUAAUUUAGGAAAAGUUUGCUCGUAUUUGAGGUCGGUAAACGGCCUGUUUGACUAGCACAGCAGACACUUAUAUCUUCAUGGUUCUUUUUGUGAACCCAUUUCCUCCCAAGAUCUGUUUGGCAAGGAAAUUCCCCCAUACCAGCCAUUAUACAUUUCUUUGAAAAUUAGGACAGAUCAAUCGAUGUUUCAUCCAGUUUGUAUCCUAGAGCUGACACGUUUCCCUAAUUUCAUCACCAGUUUGCUGAACAAUGUGUCAAAACUGGGAGGAGAAGUUAUCUGUUAAUCACUUCAGGGAUUUGAGAAUUUAAUAUAUAUCCUGAGUUGAUAUUUGUUUUAUAAAAUCUGGUUUGCGACAAAACUUUCUCUAAUCACACAUACACUUACUACAUUUGACUUUCACGCCUCAAAUACAGAGGAGAAUUGAUAACCU